UGGCUCUGUCACUUUAAAUGGAAUGGAACCAUGCAGACCCAAGUGGCAGUUAGAAAAACCAGUUAAGGAAGGGUUUUAANAUCUACCCAGCAGGAGGUAAAUUGCAUAUUUACCUCCACUUUUAAAGGGCCGUUGAGUCAACAAAUUCACCAGGAGGUCUAUGGAUUUCCUACCAGCAUGCAAGCGUUUCUAAGAUUCUUACUGUUUUUUGUGCUCCUAAAAUCAGGUGCUUCCUUACAAUGUGAAGUUUGUGUGAGCUCUCAGAACAGCACCGAGGCCCAGAUGAGCCCCAACAUCACUUGCCAGGGCACUCCAGUGACUUGUCCUCCCAACAAAGACAUGUGCAUGAUAACAGUUGCUGAGCAUAAUCUAGGUGGAAAAACAGAACGCUUCAUUGAGAAAUCCUGUGCAUACUCUAAAGUCUGCAGUGUUAAUGAUGUUCACCUGUUUCUGGGGAAGGGAAGAAGCUACAGGUCCUCUAUAGUGUGCUGCAAAGGCAUCUGUCCCAAACAGCCUAUUGCAAAAUUACCAGUAAAUGCAAGACCCAAUGAGAAGGAGUGUCCUGCCUGCUUUGCUUUGGCAAAAACAUGCAAGGCAGAGACAGUGAAGUGUACCGGAAAUGAUACCCACUGCAUUGAUGUGACAAGCAUGCGGAAAUUGAGUGUAGAUGGAAACUUUGAGGACCUUGUCAUCAAGGGCUGCACCACUAAAUCCUUAUGUGCUUCGCUAAAACAGGAGAAAAUCCCCCUUUUGCUGGGCGAGGUUGAAAAGGUUGAGUGUAAUCCGGAGAUUUCUAGGGGGUCUCAACCUACUACAAGUUUCCUCCUGCUGACCUUCUCUGGGCUCUUGCUGAUGAAGAUCUUUGAGUAAAAGGCAACAGCGUGAGAAUACAUCUACUUUGCAUUCAGUG